CUCCAUCCAUAGAUAGUGACACUCUCUAGGGUCUAUUCAGUCUAGCAUCUCCAUUGAAUCACCAACUACCGAUGCAUCUCAGACCCGCCUCAAUCUGGAGACGUCACCGGCCCUUUUUCCCUUCACAAUGCGCCCUGGAAUUAGUGGGCUAACGGCGAUGGCUUCCUUUUUGCGCCCAGUCCCAAAUGGAAAAUUUAACUCCGUUUAUAUCCAUCUCCAUUCCAUAGUUAGCAUUACAUCGGUUCUCACCGUUCUCUGAUGCUGAUAAAUUCUCGGAUCUUCGAUGACGUUGCGGAGUCCGAAAGCUUUUUUUUUUUCCCUGGAUGGUUGUAGAAUCUUGGAGGUGAAAGUGAUAUAUAUAGCUUGCAGUUCACGUAGACGGUCUGAUCAAUACAAUCUCAAUACUGUUUGCUUUUCAUCUUUCAAAAGUAAUAAGAACCAUUCAUCAAAAUGUCUACCGAUUACGAAUUCAAGGGCUGGCUUGGCCGUGAUCCUAGCUCCGUCAAUGGAAAGAUGGAGUGGGAUACCUUUGAGCCCAAGAAGUGGGAGGAGAACGACGUCGACAUCAAGAUCACACACUGCGGUAUCUGCGGUUCUGACCUUCACAUUCUUCGCUCCGGCUGGGGCGAGACACCUUUCCCCUGCUGCGUCGGCCACGAAAUCGUCGGCAAGGCUGUCCGCGUCGGCUCCAACGUCACAAACAUCAAGGUUGGCGACAGAGUCGGUGUAGGCGCCCAGGCCCGCAGCUGUCUCCGCGACGACUGCUCCGAGUGCUCCGCUGGCCGCCUCAACUACUGCCCCAAGAUGGUCAGCACCUACGGCUCCGUCUACCCCGACGACAUUGGCAAGUCCUACGGCGGCUACGCAGACUACAACCGCACCGACUCCCGCUUCGUCGUAAAGAUCCCCGAGUCUCUGCCCUCCGAGUACGCUGCGCCCAUGCUCUGCGGCGGUGUCACCGUCUACGCUCCUCUCCGUAACAACGGCUGCGGUCCUGGAAAGACUGUGGGCAUCGUCGGUGUAGGCGGUCUGGGCCACUUUGGCGUUCUCUUUGCCAAGGCCCUCGGCGCUGAUAAGGUCAUCGGUAUUUCUCGCAAGGCCUCCAAGAAGGAUGAAGUCCUCGCUCUCGGCGCAGAUGCUUACAUCGCUACUGACGACGAUGAGGACUGGGCCAACAAGAACGCCAAGACAAUUGAUCUCAUGGUCUGCACAGUCUCAAGCAGCAAGAUGCCCUACAGCGAUUACUUCAAGCUCCUCCGCCACGGCGCCGACUUUGUGCAGGUCGGAGCUCCUGACUCUGGUGAACUCCCUCCCAUCAAUGCCUUCAACCUCAUCAUGGGCCAGUUCAAGCUAAGCGGAAGCUUGAUUGGUUCGCCCAAGGACAUCGAGGAGAUGCUGCAGCUUGCAGUUGAGAAGAACGUCAAGCCUUGGGUUGAGAAGAGGCCGAUGGAGGAUGCGAACCAGGCUGUUGUCGAUAUGGAGAAUGGAAAGGCGCGAUACCGAUAUGUUUUGGUUAACCAGAAGAACAUUGAUUAAAUUAGCGGGAUUUGAAUGAUAGAGAUAGACUGUACAUAAGAUAUGAAUCAACAAUAGAAUAAUCUUGAACAAGAAUCUCACUGAGCUUCGGUG